UGCAUCGUCAGAGGUUUCACCUCAAGCCCCUCACAAGGGCAGCGACUGUACGUGAAGUAAUGAACGCCCACCCGACUCAGCUCAAUAGUCAGCUCCGAGCGGUGGACUGGACUCACGGUUCUCAGGAAUACGUCUCUGAGCUGCAUGACAGUGCUGAAAUGCUGAUGGAACAAUUACGGCAGGCGAAAUCUUGCGCUGAAGAGGAGUGUAGAAUGAAAAGUCUCGACGGGUUGAUGAACACGCUCUUAUUCUGCGCGGGUGCUACUGCAUUCAUAAACAAAUUCGCCACAUUACAGCCCGGCUUCAGCCUAUACCACAGACGCACAACCUUAGUAGCUGGGGUCAACGACGUCUUCCGCACCAUUAGCAACGGCACAUUCACCAGCGGAACAAUACUGUCGGUCUUCGCAGCGCCUUCAUUCACGUUUUUUGUUCUACAAGGAGUGAUGGACGCGUGUCUCUUCGUCCCCCCUUUCAUUGUGGCUAUAACUCUCUCUGGGAAGUGGGCUCUAGGUCACUUCGACACGGAUACGAGCAAGGACAAUGAUGUGCAGAUGAGGCGGCGACCAUUGCACGACUGGCCUCAACAUGUACGGGCCCGCGUCUUGUCAUGGUUGAAUACGUUGCCUGUUUGGUUUGGUUUUUCUCAAGCCCUCUAUACACUAUGUUGGCUCUUUGGACGGCAACCGCUCCUAGCAACUUGUGUUACUACGGUGCUCGCUUUGUGGUGUUCAAUUGUCUUGUUCGUGUUGAAAAGACAUUUUACGUCCUAGUUUUAAUUGCACGGUAUCUUAUUGUUAAUUUACUGGGGUUGCGCCUCCCGUUUGGCGGUCAGAAUUUGCGAAGCUUUCUUCAGAGGGAAAACUGUCUCCAGAACUUCAC